UUCGCUGUCAUUUUAUUUGCGCUGCCACAAUAGCAGCUGCAUUUUAGCUGCCCCCCCCUCUCUCUCUCUUUCUCUCUCUCUCCUCCCUCCCCUCACACACAGUUCUCUCUCUCUCUCCCACCCCCCCUCGCCCUCCACUCGCUGUUUUAUUCCUCUGGCUGAGGCAGUUGUGCACACCUUCCCCUCGCUCUGCUGCCGACCAGAGAGGGGAGUGGAGCCGGCAGAGGCAGGUGACAGCAAGCAGCCCCCGGCUCGGUGGACGCCUCCGUCUCAUUCCUCCACCAUGCCGGACUGUGUGCAUGUGCGCCGAGUGGAUGCAGCCGGCUCAUUCCACCUGACAAUCGGCAUGUCAAAGUUUGUCGUGGAAGUAUGAGCAGGAUGCCCUGAUGAACCCAUAGCCGGGAUUAGAGCAUUUGGAGCUGAUCCAUAGAACAUGGGAGACCUGGAGUGUGGCUUUGAGGAAAUGCAAGGAGUUAGACUGGGAUACCUGCUCAUCCAAGGCAAGCAGAUGUUUGCUUUGUCUCAGGUCUUCACCGAGCUGCUCAAGAACAUUCCACGCACCACCGUGCACAAGCGCAUGGACCACCUGAACGUGAAGAAACACCACUGUGACCUGGACGAGCUACGCAAGCUCAAAGCAAUCAACUCCAUCGCUUUCCACGCAGCCAAGUGCACGCUGAUAUCGCGGGAGGACGUGGAGGCGCUCUACUUCUCCUGCAAGACGGAGCGAGUGUUGAAGUCCGGCAGCAACAAAAGCAAAACCACGUCGUGUCCGGCUGGGGACGGGCGCGGGUCCGAGGGGCUCCUCCAUGCCGAAGCCGAGCUUUGGCAGAAAAAAGUUUGGUUCAGUUUGCACGGCGUGCAAGACAAAGCGCGCCGGGGACGGAGAGAGCUCUGCGACUCCAAACUACCUCACUUUUACCACAAAACCCACGGACGAGAUUACCGUUCGGCUACAAAGUCCAGUCACAGACACUUUAAAAACUAUGAAACCACCAAGUUGCAAGGGAAACGGGUGACUUUCAACCAGAGGCAUUCGUUUUUUCGGAGCGCUCCCGCAGCCGCGUUCCAGUCCGCCAUGGCUGCUCAGUCCAGGCUGUCUCGCGCAGCCGGCGACUUUCAUCACAAAAGGAAGAGGAGGCGCGAGGGGGGCGGCGGCGGCGGCGGCAGGGACGGCGUGAGACACCCCUGGAGGAGCAGACACCACCAGCACGUCCCUCCGGUGCUGCUCGUACAACCCAAAUCCUCCGUUACGCACCGCACGGCUUUUGGUGCCUUCCACCUGAGACCGGAUUUUUACCUUCACCCUCAUCAACUCCAACAGAGCUUUCCGGAGAGCAGCGAUACCGAGUCCAGUACCUAUUCGGACUGGGCCUACCCCGACUCGGAUUUUGGUUCCGGCUUCUCCACCAGCAGCAGCUCCGAGGAAGAAGAGGAAGAUGAUGACACCCAGUCUGAGAGUACAGAAGUCAGCUCGGAUGAGGAGGAGGAGGAAGAAAGCUCCUCUCAUUCAGACUCCAGCUCUGUUUCGAGUCGCGUUUCGGUUCAGAGUAUCCGGUUUAGGCGGGCCCGGGUGGGGACCCUCGCCAAAACUCUUAACCCUAUAAAGGCGCCUCUGCUUCUGCAGCCCACUUUUCACUACAACCAGCAGCAGCAGCAGCAGCAGCAGCAGAAUGACAACUCACCGCAGAGUCACGUCGCCACAUCUCAUAAAGCCGAGCGAGCCCACGAGAAAUGCGAAUUUAGGAAUAACUCUGGAUCCAAAUUCCUCUCGGUUGUUCUCACAGAAAAGAGACGUGACAAGACGGGCGCAAACACCGACUCGGUGCUUGAGCGCGUCCGUACGAACAAGGCCGUCUCUGCAUCACGCAAGACAUUGGCGUGUCCCAUCAACGAGCACUGUGGCUGGGACAAAGACGCGAAAUAUACCGGACAAAGACUGCCCACUCCGCCUAAGAAAAUAAAGACCGAGACGGAGGAGCUUUCCGUGACGGCGUCUCCUCGUUCCGAUAGCGGCUGCAAGGUCGCCAGGACGCCGCCCCUCGCUCUCCACAAAGUGAAAUUAAAAGUGGAAGACUAUCCCGAUGAAUAUGAAUACCAGAGCCAGAUCGGUGCAGUCAAAUUCAAAGUGCCGUCGAUCAACACUGAAUUUUGCUGCAAAACAGACGCAGCAGUGGAUGUGAAAUCCGCCGAGGAUACCCCAGAUGUGGCCCCCGCGUGCCCCUUCAGCUCAUACGGAUAUAAUAAGAGCAUCCAAGAGCGACUCGAGGAGGGGGAGACGAGGACUAAAAAGUACAGGGCUUCAGAGCUGGGGGGGAGAUCCAGGCUUUCCAGGGCGCAAUCAAAACAAGCCAGGGUCAGCAGGGCUGCUGCCUGCUCCUCCUCUUCCUCCACCUCCUCUCACCCCUGCGAGGAAGGCUCCGCGGAGAUUUUACCCAACCGACGUAAACGCAGCAGUACGAACGCAUCGGCGUGCAGCGCUAAAAUGCCUUUCAGCCUCAUGGCAAACUUCCCGUUUUCGCCGUCGCUGGUGGUUGGCAGCGACGGGGAUCUAUGCCCCGCUUACUCCCUCAACUCUCUGAGGGGUCCCGGGCCUCCCCCUCCGUCUCACCCCGUGUGGAGUUGGCAGCCAGGCGGACAUAUUCUCCCUCCCCCACACACUCACAAGACAGCAAAAUAGGUCUACUGAACGGCGCGCAGAAAACAAAACAAAAAUACACACAAAAAAGCCGCCUCAUUCUUAAAACCGACCCACUCCUAUAAAUUGAUUCCAAUUGUAUUGCAGCUUAAGACAAGAGUAAAUUACAGGUAGUCAAUUGACGUUUAAGAAAAAAACAAAAAACACUGAGGCCCCUCAAUGUGGAUUUAUAUAUAUUAAAAAAAGAAGCUACCAGCCCUAAGUUCUCAUGACCUGACUUUUUCAAAAUAUUUUUUGUAUCUUAUUUUUCUCGACUUGUUGGAUUGUAUUACUGUACCAGGGUGUCUCUGGUUGGUGCUUCAUCUGAAAGAGAUUGAAAAUAGUAGAAUCACACAAUUCCUUUAGACAAGGUUAUAUACUAUUUUGAUCAAGCUUUGGUGAAUUUAAAAACAUUUAUCAGGGUUGUUCCAUUAUGUGCCACUCGUUUUCUAUACCCGAGCUACGUUCUCCCCCUAUGAUUGAUGUGCUGACCACAACGCCCCAAUAUGCUUCAAGCGUUCAAUGUUGGAGUUGUCCAAAAGGGUUAUGUCUGUAAAUCACAGUUAUGCCUUUAUUAUAUUUGAAGAAUAUUCAUGUGGAAUAUGCUGGUUGGAGGGGAAUUUUCAUAGUCUUUUUUAAUGCAAUUGUUUCCCUGUUUAAUUUCUGUGAAUUAUGCCCACGAGGCCCUGAUAGACACAACAUAAGCCUUAUGUACAGAGACAAUCAAAAAUAGUAUGGGGAAAACACAAGGCAGAGAUUAUUCACAUGAUCGAUUCCAUUUAUGUAUCAGUGGUUACGCGCGAGUGCUCAGUCGCCACGACACCACGACUUCACAACAUUGGAAUAUAUGAGGUGGGGUAUAUUUUGGUCUCAGUGUAAAGGGGGGGGGGGGCAGCCCAAGGCCACUUAGAAACAAAGCAGACAAAGCACAAGAAAGCAAAAUGCACUUUGUUACUGUUAGGGGUCCUGCAUCAACCGUGGGCUGCCUGACCAAAACACAAAGGUUGCGUUUAAAAAAAAAAAAACUGCCUUGUUGAUUUAUUGUACACCCACAAUACAAUUUGAAAUUACCUUUUCAUUCAGGAUUCAAUUUGAUAUUAAGGUUUCUCUUUGUGAAGCCGCUUUUCAUUCAUCUGAUUCAGGGUUCAGUCAAGUCUACUCUAUUUCCUCUUGAGGGACACCAAAAACAACCCUAUUUUUCAAAUGUAGCUUUAUUUAUCAAACACAAAAUGUAACCUUCUGAGCACCAAUGAAUGUAGUGACUCCAAGCUGUUUGUGUGUAGCUCAAAUUUCAGCCGUUAAGGCGUCAGCAGGCACACCAGGAAACACGUGGAAAUGACUGCGGUUGCACCUCCACGUGUGGUGUGUGUUUUAAGGAAAUGUGGAAGAUGUUAUAAUUCAGGACAAUUACGCCCUGCUAAUUGGCAGGGUUUUUUUUUUUUCUUUUUCAUCCUGCAACAGAGCAGAUCGGGUGAAUGGCGAGCACCCAGAAAGGCCCCCUGGCUGAGUGACAUUAGCGAAACUUAGGUGGCUCUCAUUGAUAUGAUUAUAUUUAAAUGGCGAUGAUUUUAAAACUGCUUUAAAUCAACGUAUGGUAAAUGUUCAAACGGCAGAUUAAAGCAGGCAGUAUACAUGUGAAGCCUCUGCUCACUGAGUGACAAUUCAAACAUUGAGCCCUAUUUCCAGUCUGUAAACUGGCUAUUUGAAAAAGCUUUGGCCCCCUAGGUGCUACAUGAGCAGGCCCAUGGAUUAAAAAAAAAUGCAGGAAAAGGGUGGAGUGGAAGGGGAGGGGGUGCACACAGUCGAGACAGGGGGUGGUGGCGGGUUGCUGUGUUGCAAGAGCAAAGCUUUCAACCUUUAAUCCGCAUGUCAAAAGCAUCGGCUGCACGGCAGAGGAGGAAGAGGAAUAGCCUGCACCCAAAUCGCCCCGCAACACACACACACACACACGCACGCAUACACGUUUUCUCACGCAGGGCCCACAAUGCACGGCUGCAUGGACAAGAGGGUGGUCAUGGUCUGAUAGCGCAGUGACACCAAUGCUAUCACUGUAAACAAUAUUGACUCAUGACAAUAUUCUUCAUUGACUUUUUUUAAAUACAAUACUUGAGGUCAUAUAUUUUGACGUGGAGUUUGAAGUCACUGGUUGUGAAACGGAAUAUUUAUUUUUGUCAAUUUUCUGAGCUUUCUUGUUUGCAGACUUUUGUUGUUAUUGUUGUUUGCAUAUGGGACAACUGCACUCAAAAUGGAAACUUGAACAGUGGAUUUCUAAAGCACUUUCCUUUCUUGUUUUUUUUUUGGUAUUAUUAUUAAACACCCAUUAAACCCAA